GCUUCUUGGGCGGUGGUCAAUACCUCCCCUUUGCGGGCAUAGCGCAAGUCGUAUCCCCAGCAACGGUUGUGCUGAUUGCCAGUGUCUCAGUGAACGUCUUAUUACAUCAAUAGCACAUAGCAACAAGAACCAUGGCGGAUGCCGCGGAUUGGAGACAAUAUUUAACCGCUUCCGAACGAUAUGAUAAUAUUGAGAAACUUUCAAAGGUAUUGGCAGUUGCUGGCCUCAACCAGAGCGCAUUUGCCAUUGAGAACGAGGCGUACAAGACUGCUGGUAGCCGGCAAGAGUAUGAAACCGCCUGCAGCUUGCCGACCAGCACACCAGAGCCCCGUUUGCCGUCGCCGGAGCCUGCUGGCCCUGAAGAGGAUGACCGGGAGCCUUCCUCGCCCGGCAUUCCUAUCGGCGACUAUGGGAACUGCCACUAUGUUGCCAGCGGCGUGACAGCCGAAGUCUACCGCUCUCAGGCUCGCGCACUCAAAGUAAUCGUCGAAACUCACGGCAUCGAACCACACAACCCUCAGCGUGAAGCCAAGAUCCUCUCGGCACUCCGCACCGCCAACGCCCCAAACAUCAUCCCCCUGCUCGAAACCUUCCACGAUCACGACCAGCGCUUCGUCCUGGUCUUUCCUUACAUGCCCCUCGCCCUAUCACACAUCAUCGACCGUCACAAACCCCGAUCUCCCUUACCCUCCCCCCUCCUCCGAACAAUCUUCACCGGCUUCUUCCGAGCCCUAAACCACUUACACGCUCAAAACAUAAUCCACCGUGACGUCAAACCCUCCGCCCUACUCCUCUCUUCCCCAUCCCCCUCCUCCCCGACUCAAGUCUACCUAUCCGACUUCGGCACCGCCUGGCACCCGACCCUCUCCCUCCCCUCCGAGCCCGCCUCCCACAAGAUCCUCGACAUCGGCACGGGGCCUUACCGCGCACCCGAAACCCUCUUCGGCAACCGCGCCUACGGCCCGGCAGUCGACCUCUGGGCCGCCGGCACCACGCUCGCCGAAUGCCUCCUCCUGGGCAAGACGCUGUUCGAGUCGCGACCGGCGCACGAGGACGGGAACCAGCUGGGGUUGAUCCUGAGCAUCUUCCAGACGCUGGGGACGCCGACGCGGGAGACGUGGCCCGAGGCGGUCGGGUUCCGGACGCCGCCUUUUGAGAUGUAUCGUGUUUUUGAAGGGAGGGUGGAAAGAGAAGGGUGGCAAGGGGUGUUGCCCGGGGUAGAGGACGAGGGAUGGAGGGAAUUAGUGGCCGGGCUCGUGAGAUACGAGAGCGGGGAGAGGGUUACGGCUGGGGAGGCACUGGACUUUCCUUGCAUGAAAGGGGAAGGAAAUGGGGAUGAGGCUUGAUCUGCAGCGAGACUUGUGAUGCUGCCGAGGAGACAACAACCUCCGAACAGGUACCGGACAACGGCAUCAGAGUUAGUUGUACGGAGUACUUAUUUGCUGUAUGACAUUCACCGCUCUCACACUGCCUGGAUGAAGGCAAGCAAAGGAAAUUAUUGAAUCUUCGCUGCAGAUCUCAAUAUCUCCACGAGGGUUCUGUU